CCAAUGUCGACAGAUAAAAGCAGCUGGAUUCCAGAACACGAAACUACAGCGGGUACUAAACUUCUACAAAAGGCACGGAAGAGCCCUUUGGUGCCAAUUGGUAUGAUGGGGUUUGUUGUUGUGGCAGCCUAUGGGCUUUACCGACUGAAAGGAAGAGGGAACAUGAAGAUGUCUGUCCACCUGAUUCAUACCCGAGUAGCGGCCCAGGCCUGCCUAGUUGGAGCUGUAACCCUUGGCGCUGUCUACAGCAUGUACAAAGACCACUUUCUGAAACAGAAAUAG